UCGAGGGCGUGAAGAGGAAGGCGGCGGGAAAUACUCGGGAGAGGGAGAUUUACCAGUGUGAGGUUUUCUUUUUGUUUUUUCUUUAGAGCUGGAGGGUGUAAUGGGGAAGACCCCUCAGGGCAGACCCGACAAGGGGGUCUCCCUCCCUACCCCGUCUUGGGGGGCAAGAGGACUUGCGGAAGGCCUCCUUCCAGCGGGAAGACAGUGACUGAUAAACGAUCUCUCUGCUCCAGUGGAUAAGGGCCACUGCUCUCUGAUCCUGCGUUUUACCAGCAACCUGAAUAGUGAUCUCCCUGUUUUCGUGUCUGUCCUUUUCUCCUCCAGAAACGUUCAUGGGAAUAGCCGCCAAAUAGUGGUGACAGUUGAAACACGCAGAAGGCACUGUUCCAAUCUUCACAAUUGAUUAUUAUCUUAAUCAGUACUCUACGCUGCCUCCUGAGAGGGGUCAGAUGCUGGGAAAGGUGGUUGGGGGGGGGGUGAGAUAAAGGGGUUUUAGGACCCCUGGACUCAGUCUUACUGGGAUAGUCAAGCCCCUGGGUCAGAUCAGGUCAGUCCCUGCCCGCUGAGGCCAAUUCCAAUCUUUUCCACUAGGAAUUAUCAGUGUUAGAUAAUGCUGGUUUUUGUUUUCCGUUGGAUUUCACUCUUGCUUCCAAUCAAGGCCCCCAGAUUAAAUUUUCGCUGGAUUCUGAGAGUAUUGGUUGUUUGAAGUUUAUAUUGACUGGGGGCUAUCACCUACAAUGGAAAUGGAGGUGGUAGUGAAUUUCUGUUGUGGAUUGAGUGGACUGGUGCUCAGCAUUCAUUUCAACCUGGGUCCUCCUAGUGUUUCUUUCUGGUUUGCGGACGUAGGACACCUAAAAACUACAUUACCCAGACUUCCUUGCAGCUAGGGUUCUGUAUGCAAGAUUGCCUCUGCUGAUUAGAUUCAUUGGGAGAAGAUUUUGGAGGCAGAAGUGAAGCAGAAGCUUUUGACUGUUGCUUCUGGCAAGCCUCACCCCUGGAAUGUUGUGUUGUGCUGUGUUUUGUUUUCCCGUGUCCAAUCAUAAGCUCCCUGAAUGUAUUGAGCGGGGAUGGUGAGUCAGGGGCUUCCUGACCUUGGCAGGCAUGGCAGCUCCAGCGGUAUAUUCUUGGAGUCACAACUGCAGUGGCAGUCUUCCAAUUCAUUACUUGCCUGAUUGGGUGGGAGUAACAGCUCUCUGUGGUCCAGGCCCUCCACCAAUCCUCCUCCCCACGCUUGGUUCUCCCUCCAUCCUCCCUUUAUCAGUAAAUGGUACCACCCCAUCCCUGCCAGACUUACAGCAUUGAUCACUGUCCAAAGCUAUUUACUUGCAUACUCUUUUCAUUGUCAGGGUCUCCAAUUAGAAAGUAACAACUUUCUGUCUUCUUUAUGCUGUGUCCCUAGUCCCUCUGUACCGAGUAGAUGCUCAGUAAAUAAUUUCUGAGUUAAUUAACUUAUUUAUUUCUCUGUCUCAUCCUAUAGUGUGUGUGGGUUCAUAUGAGAACAUAAAGCAUUUGGAAUGUUAUGUCAAUGUUAAGUGACACAAUUAUUACGUUCUAUUAUAAGCUCUUCUUCUCAGCUUCAAGCACUGGGUCUCUCCUUCCUUGUACUGGUAGAAGUGAAAUACUUAAUGGAGAAAGGGUGAGACUGGAAACAAAACUCAAGAGACUGGUGUUGUGCUCCCUCCUCCACAGUCAGGAGCCACUGGGUUGGGGGGAAGCAGGGGAGGAUGUUUAUGACCCCAGGUCACGUAUCUCUUUCCUCAGUUCUCCAUCCUUCUCAGGCCCACACCAGCUCCAUGCCCAUUGUAAACCGUCUUUUCUGUUGUGUGCCCAGUGCUACCGCUGGGGUAGGUGCUCCAUCUGUCCGUCCGUCGCUUGGGGGUCACCUGAUCUCCAAGUCUGCCCAAGGAAUCAGACACAGUCUCUGCUCCUUCCUUUGUGGCCCCCAAAGACAAGCUCACAAGCCCUUUUGUGUUAAGGAUUUAGUUGCUAAUCACUGGUGAGAAUAAUAACAAAAAGUUGCAAAGCUCUUGGAGCUGUGUUCUCUGGCCUGCAUGGUUCCUAACUCCUGUUGAGAGAAACCGGUGUAAAUGAAAGGAUCCCCUGGCUUACACUGAAGCACAGGUGAGGUGUGGUAUGUCCCUUCCUUUCCAAUAAAAGCAAAGAGAAACCAAAGAGCACUCCAAACCCCACUUGUGUCUCAGUAUAAACCACUGGGACUCUUCCCUUUAGGAUGCUUUCUCUUCCCAUCAUCGGUGCCUGGGUAACCUAAGGGCCUCUCAUUUUCUGCCCCUCUGCUGUGUCUUGGAGCUAUGUCGUCUGGGUCUCUGCUCACAGGAUUUGCCUGUGGCCAGACGGAAGGUACUGGAAUUAGUACUCCCACCGCAGGGAUCUCGCAAGGCCUGCCAGGGAAAGUGGAGGCCUUUAAAGUGUGUUGCUCAUAGUACAUUCCUGCUGUUCCAUCUGCAGACAACAGCCACAGAAUUUUUCCAGCUACCAGAGGCAAGGGAUGGCAGGUGGUUGUCUGGAAUACCUGGGGCCCAGGACUCCGGGUAGAAAUAACUUUCAAGUAAUCUGGUAAGCUCGGGUGCCCCCCUGUGGUUCCGAGUGGAAUGUGUCCAAUUUGCCUUAGGGAAAGGCAAUCAGAGUAAUGGGGGCGGGGGAUAUUUUCUAUUUUUCUGCUUCUCAAACUGAGGUCUGGCCCACGUGCCAGCACUAUCAGCAUCUCUGGUCUCACUCCAGACCUGCUGUAUCAGAAUCUGCACUUUUAACAGGAUCUUCACAUUAAUGUUGGAAAGGCAUUGUUCUGGCAGCCUCCAGGAUGACCCUAAAAGCUUUCCUCUUCUCACUCCAUAAGGAGAUGCUGAUGGCCAAAGACCAAACAGCUCCCAGGUAGCAUUGCCUCUCCUUCGGGACUAAAGAGACAGAAUAGACCCUUCCCCAUUUCCAUACUCCUAACCACUUCCCAAGGAGCUUUUCACACACCAGCAUCCUUGGUUUUCCCUUGAUCUCUGGAUCAACCUGUUCAAAUCCAGGCAGCAGGGCUGAGUGCCGUGAGCUUUACGUGACUCAGCCCUUUCCUCCCAGAGCUCAUAACAUCCAUCUUUUAAAGCUGUUUUGGUAAAGCACACGGCAUAUACAGCAGAUGGCCUGAGCAGUACACUGCUCUGCUCUCCUUCCCAAGGCAAACAAACCCCUAUGGUAGAGGAAAUGGCCCAGUUAUAUAAGCACCCAUUAUGGGGUUACCCCAAGAGUGCUUGUCUAAUUCUCUGGUUCCCCAAAAUUUCUGCACCAUGCCUCCAUCAGAUUGCUUCCCUAAACCAUCUGGCUCUAAGUUAAAUAUUUUCUGGGGACCUUAGAUUUCCCCAAAGCAAUGUAUUUUCUUGCAUGGAGUCGGGAUUGCAUUUAGGGGCCAACAAUAAAAAGACCAUUGAGUUAAAAAUCAGGAGCCCUGGGGCACCUGGGUGGCUCAGUCAGUUAAAUGUCUGCCUUCAGCUCAGGUCAUGAUCCCUGGGUCCUGGGAUCCAGCUGGCACUGGGUUCUCUGCUCAGUGGGGAGUCUGCUCCUGCCUCUCCCUCUGCCUCCCCCCUCAUGCUCUCUCGUGUACUCUCUCUCAAAUAAAUAAAUAAAUAAAUAAAUAAAAUCUUUUUAAAAAAUCCGGAGCCCUGGUACUUUUCUCCUGUCCCCACCAGCCCUGUGACCUCAGGAGAGUUGCAAACAGGUGGGUUCAUACCUGCAUUCCCCUUUUCCAGGGAUAGAUAGUAUGGCUGGUGAUAGAUAGUAUGGCUGGUGACAUUGUGUGCCUGGAAGCUCUAGUAACUAAGGAGUACUUUUGUUUUGGCAACUAUGAAGCCUUUUUUGAUUUUUUUAAAAAAGAGAUUGUAUUGCAACUUAAAAAGAUAAUCCACAGAUGAAACUCUAGUGCCUUUAUAAUGCUCACAAAGGCUGGAAAGAAGGUGAACUCCAACGGUUUGGAUGUGCUCUGGGAACAUAGCAUGUUUCGGUGUGGGGAUGUUCAUGUUUCUAGAAUCCCAAGAGGGUGCUGUGUGUGUGUGCAGUUGUCUGGGGCAGGGAGUGCUCCUCUUGGAAUGAAACACAGUUGCAGCUGUGUGUGAAAGUGGUGAGCUCUGUCUGAUGUGUUCUGUAUGCUGGGCAUGUGUAUGUGUGGCUUAGCUCUUACUGAGCUAAGAGACCUGGGUUCCGGUUUGGUGGCCUUGAACAUGUCCCUCAGAUCUUCCUGAGCCUCAGUCUAUUCAUUUUUAUUUUAUUUUAUUUUUUAAAAGGUUUAUUUACUUAUUUUAGAGAGAGAGAGCUCUCGAGUCAGCAGAGGGAGGGGUAUGGGAAGAGGGACAAGCUCCCUGUUGAGUGUGGAGCCCGAUGACCAUGACCACGGGGCUCCAUCUAAGACCUUGAGAUCAUGACCUGGGCCAAAAUCAAGAGUUGGACCCUUAGCCGACUUGAGCCACCCAAGCGCCCCCAGUCUACUCAUUUUUGAAUUAAGGAGUUAGUCUGGUUGAUUUUUAAGUUCUCUUCCAACUGUGUCAUGCUGAGCAUCCCACUUGAAUAUGAGGGCCUUUUGCUAUUGGUUUUAUUGUUGAAUUUGGUUCUGGGUCUCUCUGUUGCUCUAGGUCAGCCAUUCCCUUGUUCGGUGACUCCUCGGCCAGCUUCUGUACUUGAGUUGUUGCUGGCCGAAAAACUGGAAAUUAGCUUUUCAGAAAUUAUCUUACUCAGUGAAAAUGCAGGAAGCUUGUGCAUGAAACUCUCUCGUCAAACACACACAAACACACACACACACACACACACACACACACACACACACGGAGCAAGAAACCACAGGGCCCAUCGGUUUGUCGUCAUCAAGCAGACGAGAACAGUGCAGAAAACUCUAGGCAGAGAGGAAAUGAACUUGAGAGAAGGGGGAACACACAGCAGGGAGGAGAAAAAGAGGGCUGGAGUGGAAGGAGAGAGCUGAAGGGCUGGGGCGCCGGCACGGUGGGAGGAUGGAAGAAGUGGCAGUGAAACAGGGCUUCCUACACCUGCUGCAGCAGCAGACUUUUGGAAAGAAAUGGCGCCGGUUUGGGGCUGUGCUGUAUGGAGAGUCAGACUGCGCCUUGGCCCGGCUGGAGCUCCAGGAGGGCCCAGAGAAGCCACGCCGGGGAGAGGCUGCCAGGAGGGUGAUCCGCCUCAGUGACUGCCUACGUGUGGCUGAGGCCGGCGCGGAGGCCAGCAGCCCCCGGGACACCAGCGCCUUCUUCCUGGAGACCAAGGAGCGCCUGUACCUGCUGGCAGCCCCCGCUGCAGAGCGCAGUGACUGGAUCCAGGCCAUCUGCCUCUUGGCCUUCCCUGGCCAGAGGAAGGAGCUGCUGGGGCCCGGGGGGAAGGGCAGACGGCCCUGCAUGGAGGAGAAUGAACUGUAUAGCAGCGCGACUGCAGUAGCCCCCCGCAAGGAGUUUGCUGUGACCAUGCGACCCACAGAAGCCAGUGAGAGGUGCCGGCUCCGGGGAUCCUAUACCCUCCGGGCUGGGGAGACUGCCCUGGAGCUGUGGAGUGGCCCUGAGCUGGGCACCCAGCUGUUUGAGUGGCCCUACAGGUUUCUGAGGCGCUUUGGGCGGGACAAGGUAACCUUUUCCUUCGAGGCAGGCCGGCGCUGCGUCUCUGGAGAAGGCAGCUUUGAGUUUGAAACUCGGCAAGGCAACGAGAUCUUCUUGGCCCUGGAAGAAGCCAUUUCUGCCCAGAAGAACAGCACCCCUCCUGGGCCCCAAACCCAGCCAGCCACAGUCCCUGCGGUGCUGCCCCGGCCAGAAAGCCCCUACUCCCGGCCCCACGAUUCACUGCCACCUCCGUCGCCCUCCACUCCAGUGCCCACCGCCCGGCCACGGGGCCCAGAGGGGGAGUAUGCAGUGCCCUUUGAUGCAGUGGCCCGUAACCUGGGGAAGAGCUUGAGGGGCAUCCUGGCGGUCCCUCCCCAGCCCUCUGCGGACCCUCUGUAUGACAGCAUUGAGGAGCACCCACCCCCGCGACCUGACCACAUAUAUGAUGAGCCUGAGGGAGUGGCUGUCCUGUCCCUAUAUGACAGCCCACAGGAGCCCCAGGGUGAGGCCUGGAGGAGGCAGGCCACAGCUGACAGGGACCCUGGCAGCCUCCAGCAUGUCUACCCAGCAGGGCAGGACUUCUCUGCCUCUGGGUGGCCACAGGGAACUGAGUAUGACAAUGUCAUUCUUAAGAAAGGCCCAAAGUGACGGGAGUGGAGAAGGCGUGGACCUUAUCAAAUAGGGGUGCUGAAGCCUGUGGGUGCUGAAGCCUGCCUGUCCCCCCUGGGGGUGGCGUCAGAGGCCCGUGAGAAGGAGCCGGAGGAUGGCAGCAGGCCUUCCAUCUAGUUUCUGCUGGUUACUCCUCCCGGCUGCUGCAUUCCAGGAAUUUCCCUCUGCUUCUUCCGGAACCCUGGGCUUGGCCUACCUUAGUCUGGUCUGAGGAAUUGUCCCGCCCAGGGCCUGCUGCGUGAGUCACCAUCCUAAUGCAGGAAGAGUGCCUGAAAGCGACACACCCUCCUCCUACCCCUUCCCACUUCCUCUUCUUUCUUUCCCCGGCCUAAAGGAACCUUGGGCAUUUAGGGGAGAGGCCAAAAGGAUGUCAGCAAAUUGCCCUGAUUCCUUGGCUUGUGCAGGCCUCCUGCCUGCUGGGGAUAGCCCUGGCUCCAGGCACCCGGGAGGAUGGCUGUCGCUUUCUGUAGGUUUUGGGUUUCUCUGUGGCAUUAAACAUUU